AUGGCGCAUCUUGCCAAACUCGGAGGGUUGACAGAUGAACUUCUCACUUCGCUGACUUCCAAGUCUUCAAAGACGGAAGCAGCCAAAUCCAAUGCGCAAAAAGAGUCAGCUCUUCGCGCAUUCAGAUACAACAACUAUGCACGAACGAAUCAAUUCGAUGUCGCAAGCCAGCUCGAGGGACUGGAGGAGAAGUUUAGAGUUUACAAUGAAGAUCCGCUGGCGGACGCUCUGAAGGAGAGGGUGGAUAAGGUUAUGAAACUGCAGUCAAAAUGGACGCCAGAAAUCUUGCAUCUUCUCCUGGAGUUAUCUGAUAGGCCGUUGCAAAACUCUAAACUCGAGGAUUUGGACUUUUUGAAAGAGCCCGAGCCCUAUGUUGAGCCUCUACUACGGUGGAAAGAUCUUGUUGCAGAGGACCCUUUACUUCGAGAGAAAAGUGUGUGGAGGAAUGUCGAUUUCGGCGCCGAAAGCUCUGAGGAUGAAGAAUUCGAUGAUGGUCUCUCCGAGCGAUCGGAAGCUACCGAGGUUACCAUACAAUCCAGCAUCGAAGAUGUUGGACGACAGCCUGAUGAUUACGUGAUUGAUGUUUCGAAUAAUGACACUCUCCUGGCACUCAAAGACGCUCAAUUCUGGCUGAAAGACCCUAGUGUGGGCGGAGUCAAGUUGGAUACCGUGAAAAAGCCGAUUACGGAACUUCAAGCUAUUCGAGAAGUUCUCUUUAUGCUUUCAGGUUACCCUACCUCCUUGUUCGAGACGCCAAGUAAUCAGUCGGCUCAAAUUCUUCCCUCCAAGAGUUACGUGUUGAAACAUGCUUCUCCAGACGCUUUCUACCAGCAGAUCAGUGCUUUCGCAGAACAAGGCUCGGCUAUUCGAUCUCUUAGGUUAUGGGUAGCUCAACCCCAAUCCAUACCUCUCCUUCAGGUAUUCCAGGAUGCGGUCAGCAAGAGAAUUGCUUCUUUUGAUAAUUGUCUGUCUGACAUUCAAACACGUUAUGUUGAGCUCGCAAAUGACGUCGUGGUAAGCCUUGUGCAAAUCCAGACGGAGGUCUACUCCACGAGUAGACCACUGUUGAAGCUGGUUGACAUUAUAAAUAAAUUAGGUGAGGAGCGGUAUUCACACGCCUUUCGAUAUCUAGAAAUUCUCUAUAAGUAUACUUGUACCUCCCAACUAGCCGGAGAUGAAGAAUUGUACAAAUUCAUAGGCACCUUAUUCUUCGACUGCUUCCAAGUCUUCCUUAGGCCGAUUCGUGCCUGGAUGGAAGAUGGAGACGUCACACCAGGAGAUAAAGUGUUCUUUGUAUCUCGGACCACAGGAGAGGUCGACCCAGCUACAAUUUGGCAAUCACAGUUCAAGCUUCGACAUACCCAAGACGGCAAACUUCACGCCCCGACCUUCCUUCGAGCGUCAGUGAACAAAAUAUUUACUACAGGUAAAAGUGUUGUGGUUUUGAAACAACUAAAGAAAUUCAGCCCACGUAACCAUUCAGAAUCCGACGAACCACUUCUAGAUUUUGAAAGCGUCUGCAAUCCACAGAAUGUGCAGCUCGCACCUUUCACGGAACUGUUCGCGGAGGCAUUCGAUGCAUGGAUACAGAGUAAGCAUCAUCAUGCUUCUACAACACUGAGAAGAAUCCUGUUUGAUUCCUGUGGCCUCUCCGCAUCGUUAGAAGCGCUCUCUUACGUCUAUUUCAUGUCCGACGGCACCAAUGGAGCAGCGUUUACAUAUCCGAUCUUCGACAAACUGGACAAGCUCGAUUCUUCUUGGAAUGAUCGAUUCAAUCUGACAGAAUUACUACACGACUCCUUUGGCACCCUGCCAUCGGUCAAUCCUGAUCGCCUUCGAACAAGUGUAUUAGCACUUAGCCGGAAGAACCAAGACAUUGCCAAGUAUAGGACGAAGGUGAAAGUGCUCUCAAUUAUCGAGAUCAAGUACCAUCUUUCUUGGCCAGUUCAGAUAAUACUGAAUAAGGAAUCAUUGGUCGGCUAUCAACGGAUCUUCACCUUUCUCUUUCAGAUUCGUAGAAGCUCUCAUAUCAUCACACGCCGUCGUUUAGUCUCCGACACACUUACAACCAGUAGCAGCUCUGAUGAACGUUUGCUAUUUUAUUCGCUUAGAACACGUCUCUUAUGGUUUAUUCAAACUUUGUACUAUUAUCUAUCGUGUCUAGUUGUUGAACCUGGUUCUUCCGCUAUGCGUACAGCAUUGAAAGAAGCCGUUGACAUCGAUACAAUGAUUAAAGUCCAUUCCGCCUUCAUGAAAUCGAUUUUGGACAAGGCCCUGCUAGGAAGCAAGCUGGCGUUGAUUCACAAAACAAUUCUCAAAAUCCUAGACUUGGCAAUCAAGCUGGAAGAUGCGGAAACCGUGAACGCAAGCACAAAUAAAGGCCAGCGAGAAGAGCAGGCGAACAGGAUGGAUCUUUCAAUGGCAAGCCUCGGCUUACAUACUCCCAGGAAAGCAAAGCAGGAUUUCAAAUCAAGUACGAGACUUUCGAAGAGCCCGAGAUUUGCGAAUGAUAGCUCCGACGAAGAUGAAGAAAAGGUUGAUCUUGAUUUUAGCAUUCUUUCAAGCCCUUCAAAAGCGACAGAGGUCGAAUACGUGGAGCAAUUGCGGUCAAUGAAAGUCGAUUUUGACAGACUAGUUAGAUUCGUUGCCAGUGGGUUGAGAGGGGUGGCCAGAGCUGGAGGAGGAGACGAAGCUAGGAGUUGGGAUACCCUAGGAGAGAUGCUCGAAGCUGGACUUGGUACCACCACUGAGUUUCCGGGAAGCUUUCGUUGA